GACGGACGGCCGCAGCCCAGACUGGCUUUGCCUGCAAUAGCUGGGUGACCGUGGGCCGUCACCAGCUCUCUCCGCCACAGACACGCAAAGGGGACGACGUGAGGGGUGACUAGACCACCGUUUCUCAGGGCGGGGGCCCUGCUCCUCAGAUGGUUUUAGCCAUGUGGGUGAACGUGCUUAAAAUAGCUGAGGACCCCGAGUGACCGCUCAGUUGGACCUGAAUGCAGAGGCGGAUGCUGGCAGUGCAGUGAGCAAGGCCUGGCAGCGGGAGCAGUGCAGGCCCCGUGUGCCCAUGGAGCUGCCAGCCGAGGGGGUACCUCCCCAGCCCCACCUGCCAGGCCGGGAGAGGCCAGAGGCCUAGGCGCGCAGCCGUGGGUGUUGGCAGACAAAUGCUCCCCAGGCCGUGGGGUUUCCUGCCUGGACCGCUGGGUGGGUGUGCCAAGGUGGAGGAUGCCAGCCAAGGGGCGCUACUUCCUCAACGAGGGCGAGGAGGGCCCCGACCAGGAUGCGCUCUACGAGAAGUACCGCCUCACCAGCCAGCACGGGCCACUCCUGCUCAUGCUCCUGUUGGUGGCCAUCGCCGCCUGCACCACCCUCAUCAUCAUCACCUUCAGCUAUGGGGACCCCUCCAGACACCGGGCCGUCCUGGGGACAGCGUUCUUCACACUCGCUGUGUUUGUGGUCCUCUACGCGCUGGUGUACGUUGAGUGCCUCGACCGGCGGGGGCUCAGGGUCUCAGCGCUGCUCACCUGGGCCUGCCUUGUGACGCUGGGCUACGUGCUGGUGUUUGAUUUUGACUUGCCGAGGAAGGACACCUGUGCCUGGGGGCAGGCGCCCUUCUUCCUGUUCGUGGUCUUCGUGGUGUACACGCUGCUGCCCUUCAGCAUGUGGGGGGCCGUCGUGGCCGGACUCGUCUCCAGCACCUCCCACCUCCUGGUGCUCGCCAAUCGGAUGGAAGCCUUCACCGACCCCAGUGUCCAUGUGGGGCUGCAGCUGCUGGCCACUGCGGUGGUCUUCCUGUGUGGGAACCUCAUGGGCGCCUUCCACAAGCACCACAUGCAGGAUGCCUCCCGUGACCUCUUCACCUACACCGUAAAGUGUAUCCAGAUUCGGCGUAAGCUGCGCAUCGAGAAGCGCCAGCAGGAGAACCUGCUGCUGUCCGUGCUGCCUGCCCACAUCUCCAUGGGCAUGAAGCUGGCCAUCAUUGAGCGGCUCAAGGAGCGCGGGGACCGCCGUUACCUGCCCGACAACAACUUCCACAACCUCUACGUCAAGAGGCACCAGAAUGUUAGCAUCCUCUACGCUGACAUUGUGGGCUUCACGCGGCUGGCCAGUGACUGCUCCCCCAAAGAGCUGGUGGUGGUGCUGAACGAGCUCUUCGGCAAGUUUGACCAGAUCGCCAAGGCCAACGAGUGCAUGCGGAUUAAGAUCCUGGGCGACUGCUACUACUGCGUGUCCGGCUUGCCCGUGUCCCUGCCCAGCCACGCCCGCAACUGCGUGAAGAUGGGGCUGGACAUGUGUGAGGCCAUCAAGCAGGUGCGGGAGGCCACAGGCGUGGACAUCAGCAUGCGCGUGGGCAUCCACUCGGGGAACGUGCUGUGCGGUGUCAUCGGGCUCCGCAAGUGGCAGUACGACGUGUGGUCCCACGACGUAUCCCUGGCCAACAGGAUGGAGGCAGCCGGAGUCCCUGGCCGGGUGCACAUCACAGAGGCGACGCUGAAGCACCUGGACAAGGCGUACGAGGUGGAGGACGGGCACGGGCAGCAGCGGGACCCUUAUCUCAAAGAGAUGAACAUCCGCACCUACCUGGUCAUCGACCCCCGGAGCCAGCAGCCGCCCCAGCCCAGCCAGCACAACCCCAAGAACAAGGGGGACGCGGCCCUGAAGAUGCGGGCAUCCGUGCGAAUGACGCGCUACCUGGAGUCCUGGGGGGCGGCUCGUCCCUUCGCGCACCUCAACCAACGCGAGAGCGUGAGCAGCAGUGAGACCCUUGUGUCCCAUGGGCGGAGGCCCAAGGCUGUUCCCCUGCGGCGCCACCGGACCCCUGACAGAAGCACGUCCCCCAAGGGGCGCUCAGAGGAUGACUCUUACGAUGAUGAGAUGUUGUCAGCCAUCGAGGGGCUCAGCUCUACCAGACCCUGCUGCUCCAAGUCUGAUGACUUCUCCACCUUUGGGUCCAUCUUCCUGGAGAAGGGCUUCGAGCGAGAGUACCGCCUGGCGCCCAUCCCCCGGGUCCGCUACUACUUCGCUUGUGCCAGCCUCGUCUUCGUCUGCAUCCUGCUCGUCCACGUCUUGCUGUUGUCCAGGACGAAGACUCUGGCCGUGUCCUUUGGGCUGGUGGCCUGCGUGCUGGGGCUGGUGCUCGUCUUGUGCUUCGCCGAUGAGUUCUUGAGGUGCUGCCCGGCCUGGGGGAUGCUGCGAGCCAUCGCCGAGAGCGUGGAGACCCAGCCCCUGCUUCGGGUGUCCCUGGCCGUCCUGACCAUUGGCAGCCUGCUGGUCAUCGCCAUCAUCAACCUGCCGCUGAUGACCUGCCCAGACCGGGGGCUGUCUGUGGGGAACGAGACAGGCCUGAGUGCUGUGAGCAGCUGGCAGAGGACCCCGUGCUGGCUCCUCCCGUGUUACACCUGCAGCUGCAUCCUGGCCUUCAUCGCCUGCUCUGUCUUCCUACGGAUGAGCCUGGAGCUGAAGGUCGUGCUGCUGACUGUGGCCUUGGUGGCCUACCUGGUCCUCUUCAACGUCUCCCCGAGCUGGCAGUGGGACUGCUGUGACCACAGCCUGGGCAACCUCACCGGGACCAACGGCACCCUCAGCGGCUCCUCCUCCUGUUCAUGGCAUCUGAAGACGAUGAUCAAUUUCUACCUGGUCUUGUUCUACACCACCCUCAUCAUGCUUUCCAGACAGAUUGACUAUUACUGUCGCCUGGACUGUCUGUGGAAGAAGAAGUUCAAGAAGGAACAUGAGGAGUUUGAAACCAUGGAGAACGUGAACCGCCUUCUUCUAGAGAAUGUCCUACCCGCGCACGUGGCCGCCCACUUCAUCGGUGACAAGUUAAACGAGGACUGGUACCAUCAGUCCUACGACUGCGUCUGCGUCAUGUUUGCGUCGGUGCCGGACUUCAAAGUAUUCUACACGGAGUGCGACGUCAACAAGGAAGGGCUGGAGUGCCUGCGCCUGCUCAACGAGAUCAUCGCCGACUUUGAUGAGCUGCUGUUAAAGCCGAAGUUCAGUGGUGUGGAGAAGAUCAAGACCAUCGGCAGCACGUACAUGGCCGCUGCGGGGCUCAGCAUCCCCUCAGGGCCUGAGAACCAGGACUUGGAGCGGCAGCACGCCCACAUCGGCAUCAUGGUGGAGUUCAGCACUGCCCUGAUGAGCAAGCUGGACGGCAUCAACCGGCACUCCUUCAACUCCUUCCGCCUCCGAGUCGGCAUAAACCAUGGGCCUGUGAUUGCUGGAGUGAUCGGGGCACGAAAACCUCAGUACGACAUCUGGGGAAACACGGUCAAUGUUGCCAGUCGAAUGGAGAGCACUGGAGAACUUGGAAAAAUCCAGGUUACUGAAGAGACGUGUACCAUCCUCCAGGGACUAGGGUAUUCCUGUGAGUGCCGCGGGCUGAUCAACGUCAAAGGCAAAGGUGAACUGAGGACUUACUUUGUCUGUACGGAUACUGCCAAGUUCCAAGGGCUGGGGUUGAACUGAGGGCUUUUGGUAGGUGCCAAACAUGCCGGAAACCCGUCUCCUUCCCUGAAGCAAGCCAGGCGGAAGGCCCAGCCCCACGCCAGGCACAAAGGCAGUCCGAGGGAUUGGUCACCACCACCUGCGCAGGUGGCUCCCUGGACGUGCACCAGAGGACCUGUCAGCUUGGGGCGACCACCCGGCCUCACACACAGGCAGCCAGAACCUCUGUGCUGUCCGAGUCUGCGGCGCGGCCUCCAGCCCAUCUGUGGGCUGUGCACUCAUCCCGCAGGUGCUGUGGACGAGACCUUGGAGCGUGACCUGGAGACCUCCCGCCCCGCGGCCUGUGAGCUGCACGUGGGGAAUGUGUCUUUUCUUGUCCAGGAUGGGUGGGAACUCCUUUCUCCCCAGCAUACCAGCUACAAGAGUGCACACUUCUCAUAUAGGCAUUCUGGUAAAUGGAGUUAAAAGACUGUUUUACAUCUACAAAUGGGUUCAAACAAUAGGGAGAAAGCCCCACAGUGGACACUUCUUACUUCUUAUCCUCUUUGGCAUGUGUCUGUUUAAAAAUGGAGACAUUAUUAAUGGAGGUGUCACCCUCUAAAUGGCUUCUGAGACGAUAGAUAAAUUCUCUUCCCUCCAGUAUAGGCUCUUUCUUGGUAACCACGGCAUGCAAGUGGGACCACUGUCCCGUGUGAACUUACGGGAUCAGCUCAGCCGUGGGCUGGAGCUCCAAGGAACGUGGCUCACCGCAGGAAGGCAACGAGUGGCAUAUAGCCUUGGCUUGAAUCAGACAACUUUGAAGCCAUAACUGAGAUUAGGUUUAAUGAGCAAAAAGCCUAGAAAAUAAGGCAUCAGCUCUCAGCCGUUCCUUGACUCCUGAUGCAUUUCCGAGCGCCCCCUGCAACCUUGCAGUCUGUCUUAGCUUUAUUGUUGGAAAGGAGUGGAAUCUGUGUGAGCAAACCUGACAGGCUGUAGUCCUCCCCUUCAGUCCUCACAGCUAGCUCUGAAGAGGACCUACUCAGCGUCAGCAUGUGCAGAGGCUCCCGGAUCUGGGAAGCCAGGCCUCUCACAAACAAGUGCUUGGAUGUUCUGAGCUGACUGAAUCCAGGCAAGUGAAAAAGCCAGGUUUGUGAGGUGUGGUGUCUUAUAGCACAUCAGCUCCAAAAGAAUCAAAAGAUGUCAACCUGUGUUAUACCAUGAGGAAAGAACAAACUGCCCAUUCCUUUUUCUGAACUGACUUCACUGCGUCAUUACCAGAGUGUCUCCAGGGUUUCUAAUACAGCUGAACUUCACCGUAUAGCAGAAAUUCUAGCCAGAAGUCAUCCAUGAACUCCCCUGAAAUUAUACAGAAAAUUCUGCAUACGUGAGGCUUCAGAAGAUGACACGACCUUGCAGACAGGUGACUAAGCAGCCGAGUUUGCCUGGGACGGGGGCUGUGGCGUGAGACAGCACCCCAGCCACGGCAGGGAGGGGACUGGAGCCGAACCUGUUGCUGGCCAGUGCUGUGUCCUGGGGCCUGGGUGGGCUAGUGGCAGCUCUGACGCAUCACGUGAAACUGGAACAAGUAGGAAUAAAUCACAAGAACUUGCUGUCCUAAAGGAAUGUCAUGAUGAAAAUGCUGGUAAGGGGAAUAAACCUUACUUAAGUUGCCUUUUUCACAUACCAAUUCUUCAUCUAAGUACUAUGCUGAAAUCUAUACCCUUAAAAUCAGGAGUGACUGGGCUUUCCUGGGAAAUCAUGAAGGUUCUGUCACUAAUCCAGUGUAGACACACAUCAGUAUGCUGGGCCUCUCUGAGGUGGAUAGGCUUCUGCUCUUGCAAUAUACAAAUUACUUUUUUCCUCCAGCAAAGAAAUCCCAAUUGGGAGUUUAAAAAAUAAUUGGUUACCAUUUAUAUAUUUUUCUUUCACUGUGCUCAGAUAAUAAGUUUUGAAUUUUUGACAUUCAGAUCAUAGUGUAUAACUGACCAUAAAGAUCACUUAGUUAUUUUUUAUAAAUCCGUUUUCCAAUUACCAAGUCAUUUGUUCACAGGUGUCACUUUGCUUUAUGACAAGACAAGUGUCUUUCCUAACACUGACCUUCUCUGUGGGUCGGGGACAUGCUUCAUAUCUCUACUAAGGUGGCCUCACUGAUGCUAGUAACGUUUUCUGGUUUCCUUAAGAAAAUUUACUAACAGAAAAGAUCAUUAACCACUGUAUACAUUGUGUAUAUGUAUAGAAAUAUACUUUGAGAAAGUACAUGAAAGAACUAGGGGUUAUUCUAUAUACUGAAUAUUUAUGGAUCUGUAACAUUUGUUUCAAAAUGUUAUAUUUCAUUUUUAUGUAGUACCAGUGUUUCUCUUUUCUUUAGCUUUUCAUAGAUUAAAUCAGCAAUCUAGAAAACCUGA